GGUAUUUUGAAGUAUCCGAAAGCAUGAACAAAAUCGGAGAAAAUAAUAAAAGCCAAGAGACGAUCACCCACUGUCAGCUGAAGAACAGAUAUUUUACAUAAAAAUAACUGAAGCAAUAUUUGGGUACAACGAGCAAGUAAGAAAUGAGAAACUCAGAGUUCUUGCGGUUGAUUACGUGAAAUUCUUGCUACCAUAUUUAUGUAUCUUCAUCAGAGAUACCAUUCAAUUAAACAUUGCUUACCCAGACCUCACACUUUUGAUAUACUGUAUGAGAAUGACAAAGAGUUUAUUAAGCAAUCCACAUUUGAAUCUCUUAGAUCAACUUCACAUCAUUCUACCAGCAAUUUUGUCAUGUGGAUUAACAAGAAAGACUUCCAAGUACUACUAUGACAAUCACUGGACUUUGAGAGAUUUUUCGGCUUAUAUGGCUGUUACAAUAUGCCAGAAGUUUUCAAACUCUUUAAACAAUUUGACCAAUAGAGUUAUAUUUUUGUACCUGAGACCACUGAAGAGCUACAACUGUCCUCUAACAACAAUAUAUGGCGCCGUUAAAGGUAUAGCUGCAUUUGGAGAAGACACAGUGAAGAUUUUUUUAUUUCCUUACAUCAACAACAUCAGCAAGCGUAUUUUCAUGAUUUUUGAAAGAAGGCAAUACAAUUUCCACUCUGAAGAAAAAAUUAAGCAACAAAUAAUUGAAGCCAAGCAUGUCCGCGACGCUAUUUUAUGUACUGUAGCACCUAUAUUAUAUAAGGCCAAAAACAUUACUGAUGGUGGAAUCAUGUAUAUGCAAAUGUUUGGAUAUCUGGGAAGAUUUUUGUAUGCUGAAGUGAAAAACCUCGAAAAAAUGGAUCUUGAAAGAAAGAAGUUUGAGCAAAUUAAAGCAGCAAGUAAAAUAUAUGUUUAUAAGGAAUGCAAGGGAAACCACUAAUAAGAGUUAUAUCAAACACUGGUGUCCUUUUGUAACAAUUUUGGAAGCACUAUACCUCAGAAAAGAUAUUGAGACUAAGAAAAAUACAAUUCAUGGUCACUGUCCAUAACUCCUAUUAAUUUGAUUUAUAUAGAUAAUAUGAUUUCGUAUUAGUUGUGCUAUUACUUUAGUUAUUAUUUUCCAUUUGAUGUAAUUUGAUAUUCAAGAAUUCCAUAACUAUAAAUAAACUCAUGA